AUGUCUGCAACGUCGAACACAACCCAGAUUCUUCACGACGCAACGGUGUUAUUUGCAACAGUAAACAGCACCGUGUCUCGGCCGAUAUUCGCUGCCAAAGAUCUCCCUACAUCACACUUCCAGGACACAGAUACCAAAUGCCCUAUAUGCAGAUGUGACGAUUCCGCUGACAUUGACAGCACUGACACAGCGCUACUCACGCAGAUCGUGUGCAUCUAUGUCUGCAGUCACAUAUUCCACCGCAUCUGCCUCAAACUUUGGAUCGAUGGACAGAUCGCGCGCGAGAACAAAGGCACGUGCCCAAUGUAUCGCGCUGUGCUAGUGCAGAGCGCUCAGCAGAGCCUGCAUACUGAGCAGCGACUGGGUAUACCGAGUCUCGGUCGAGCUACGCAGCAGAUUCAACAAGAGAUCUAUCAGAUCAUUGUUCAGAUCAGAGAGCGUGGUGUCGAAAUCACUAGACUAUCCUGA